AUGUAUGUUUCCGAGCCUGGGACGGCCAACAACUUCGGCAGUUACUACGGCGAGACCUUCCCGGUGCCGCUGAGCAACUCGCUGCUGGUGCUGGACUUUAAUGACCUCGGCCUUUUGCCCGACUUGUGGGAGACGCUGAGCACCGAGCUGGUCGACCGUGAGGUGCGCUUUCGCCACCUGCCGUUGAGCAAACAGCCCCCGGUGCUGACGCAGCCGAUGUUCCACAUGCCGGGGCUGGCGCUGGUGUGGCUGACGCCGGCGCUGACGCCGCAGCCGCCGGUGAACAUGUUGGACGAGGCCCGGCCGCGCCCCCACAUCAACCCCAAGCAGAUCUACACCUACAACUACUACGGCACCAUCUUCCAGACGGGCGACGACCGCCUGGAGGAGCUGUUGCGCUUGGCGCUGCUAGCGCAACCGAUGCCGCGCCCCCAGCCGCCGCUGUUCCCCACCUUGCUUGGCUCGCUGCUGAUAGGCUCCGCCAGUGCGACGAUGGUGGCGGCGCCGCCCCACCACCCGCCGGCAAUGGCUCCAGCACUGGCGGCAUCGGUAGCGCCGGCAGCUACUCCCGCCAACAACAUCGGCAACAACAAUCACGCCACCACCACCACCACUAACGGGGGCCAGGGCUCGCAGGGCAAGCCCACCCUCAACACCCAAUUGUACAAAACUGAGCUUUGCGCCCAAUACAUGAAGCUCGGCGGGUGCCCCUACGGCAACAAGUGCCAGUUCGCCCACGGCGAAGGCGAGCUCAAGCAGGUGGAGCGCCCGCCCAAGUGGCGGCUGAAGCCGUGUGCCAACUGGCUGAAGACCGGCAGCUGCCGCUACGGCAACCGGUGCCUGUUUAAGCACGGGUGA